GUACUCUUGGAGCAUCCCAGGUUUGUUGAUGCCAAACCUCGGGUGAAGGACGCUUUCGGUGAUACGGCGCUGCACCGAGCUGCCAGUUUCGGCCAUGUGGAUGCGUGCGCAGCCCUUCUAGCCCAUCCGCGCUUCGGCAAGCUCAGCAGCAAAGAUGUCCAAGGCCGAACGCCGCUCGAACGCGCCCUGGCGGAGCUGCGCAGUCGCCCAGGGCAGGGACGAGGAGUCGAAGGUUCCAGCCCGAGAGAAGUGCAGAGCCAUCGGGCUGGAGCAAGCACUGCCCGCCUCCUCGCCGUGUUGCGGCAUGGGCCGACCGCGCUGGAGGCAGAGGAACCUCCAGCCUUGGACGAAGAGCAGGAGGAGGGCAGAGAUGUAGCGGCCCUUGCGGAGGAUCCGGCUAUGCCAUCGCCAGGACUUGGCUCGCAACAGGCCAAGAGGGGAAGCCCGCUGAGUGCGCUGGCGGAGCCAACACCUUCAAGGGGACCGGAGCUGAUGGCUGGCCGCCGCGCGCCUGAGUCGUUGGCGCUCGCUCCGAGUAAUCUCCACGGUACUCUGAGGCAGCCAGCUGCGACGAUGCCGGAGAUCCGUGCUGCAGAGCCUGGGCGGCUGGAAUUUCGGCCUUCUCACCGAAGCCGGGAGGAAGCAGACAAAACCGGGCAGAACUCCCUGAGGGAAGCUCCUGAGCUUCAAGGGCGGCGGGAGCUUCUGCCUCCGGAAAACAGAGGAGAGGAGGAUUCUCGGAGUUCUUUCCCUUCUGCUUCGGAGAGGCUUCACAUGGAGGCACCUUCCGGCAGCCAGGCUUCCGUUGGAAGCCUGGGCCUUAGUCCUCAGAGACACCCGCAGCAGCUGCAAGAGGAGCAAGUCCGGCUGCCAGCUCCGGCGCCACGCAUACAGCUCACGUCAGCGCAUGCUUCAAGCACGGAUCCGACGUCGGCCUUCGAAGGUGUCCCCACAGAAGCACCCACCAUCACGGGCGUUCAGACAAGCGCAGGCACAGCAUCCAAGCUUCCGAAACCGCUGCCCAUUCAUCAGAGCCCACCUCUCCCACCCUCACCUGAGCAGCCCACCAAGGCUGCAUCUCGAGAUCCCCUGCCCCUGCCCCUACCUACCCCUUCGUCUCUUGUGCCCCAAGAGCCGGAGAAGGCCCACAGUUCGGUGCCGCCCCUGUCUCGGGAGAAGGAGGUUGAAACGCAGCUGCCAGAGUUCCCCGAGGACUCCGAGCGGUUCAGGGCGAAAGCCGGCCAUGCGAGCCUGGAGAUGCCACAGCCACAGAGUCUGCAUAGGGAGGCAGCGAAAGAGGAUGCAGCCAUGGCCGCAGAAAGAAGCGACUUGCCCUCACCAUCACCAUCGCAGCCACUGCCCUCCGGAGAUGUUCCGCGUGGCCCGAGCACGGUGCCCGGGGAUACGCAGGGCGGAGCAAGAGUGGGCUCCGAAGUUGUCGGUGAGCAACGGCUACAAGAAAGCGCCGCGUCUUCCGUGCAGAGCAGGACGCUUGGCAUGGACAUCCCGGGACAUGAGGAGGUGCCAUGCGUGCCGGACGAUGCCGGCAGACAAGGCGGCAUGGCUGAGGUUGUGGACACAUCCGCCAAGUUAGUCGAAGAUGUCUCAGGUGCGGAAGGUCUGCAGAUGCCGGCGCAUCCGAAGAUGCCGUCGCCCGAGGAUUAUACCAAGCUCAGUGAGACCGACAUCGCCACUCCUCCGAGCAUUCCCCCGGCCGCACCGACGGACUCUGCCUCCGGCAGUCGUCCCGAAGCAACCGUGCACCGGCACCCAGCCGAACCGAUGCAGGCCUUGAGUCCGGAGCCCAAGCCCCAGGCGUCACCCCCAGGAGGGGAGCCCACUCCAAGCCAGACCUCCAUCCCCGACGCAGCCGGACCACCGAUCACCGCGGACGUUGUGCAUGCGAGUAUGGAGGGCCCUGGACCCAAGCCGAGCAACGUCCUGGAGAAGUCGGUAGCUCGUCCAGCGACUGCAGGAGAUGAGGCCCUUCCCAGAAGUUCAGCCGACACGGCUGCCAUGGUCCGUAUGGAGGUCGCAUCUACUGCAGCGGCGCCACCCGCGCCGGCCCUGGAUGAGAGCACACAGGAGCUCCUGCGGCAGCUCCGGCAGCAGCAGGCCGUGCUUCAGCGGCAGGUGGAGCGAUUGACGCGCGAGAGGGACCGGGAACGCUCGCCGAGGGUUCGUGCUGUCGCCGUCGCUGAGGAUCCUCAUUGGUCCGCCACGCCUCCCGAGCCGCUGCAGGCUGCCACACCUACAGGGCCUGGGGCACAACCUUCAUCAGCACCUGCGACAGAGCCUGGGCUUCCAGCUUCCAGCCCGCAGCGCAGCCGACCCCCACAGGUGGCCUUGCCUCCGAGCUCUGCAAGCCGGGUGCUGCAGAGGCGAACUCCUCUCCACGUCGCUGCCAAAAGCGGCCGCCUUGAGGUGUGCCUGGCUCUGCUGGACGAGGGGCUCGUCGAUGUGAACGCCCAGGACAUGCACGGCUUUACUUGCCUCCACUACGCCUGCACCGGAGGCCAUUUCCAGAUUUGCGCCGCCCUUUUGGCGCACCCGCCUUUCGAAGCACUAGCCACUCUGGAAGCCCUGGGCUGCAAUGCCUUGCAUUGCGCUGCCGCGGCAGGCCAUGGUGAAAUCUGUCAGCUAAUUCUGAACCAUGCCACAGAGGUGGCAAUGCAUGGAACGUUCCACAUGCUGGUGCAGCAGACCAACAUCUGGGGCCAGGUCCCCUUCGAUGUCGCCACCGGGCCGGCUCGCUACGUCUUCUUGACGAAGGGCCUGGGCCGGGGACUCUUCAAAGAG